UGAACGUACUGUAAGGAUGAAGAUGUCUGGACGGGCAGUGAAGCUAUUUGUCACUGUGUGGGUUAUACUUUCUCCUGUGUGGGCUGUGGUAAGUACUGAGCUCAGAUAAAGUGGCAGUGCUCCAAUAAAUAUUGAAUAUGUAUGAGUAUUUUAACAAUGUGGAGGUUAGUAAAGGCAUAGGAGAUAGAAAAGACUUUGGCGGUUGGCAUGAUAGUAUUUUUGAUCUGUAGAGGAGGUAGUGGCUGUGAGAGAUAUGUGUGGUUAGUGCAUUAAUCUGCGAUAGUUCUGUGUUUGGGGCACUGCAGAAGACUACAGUGUGGGCUGGGGUAGUUCUGUACAGCUCAGUACAGGUAUAAGGGCAGAAUGCGGUCUGGGGUAAUUCUUUGUGACUCAGGCUGGGGUAGUUCCUUGCGGCUCAGUACAGGUAUAAGGGCAGAAUGCAGGCUGGGGUAAUUCUGUGCGACUCAGGCUGGGGUAGUUUUGUAUGGCUCAGUACAGGUAUAAGAGCAGAAUACAAGUUGGGGUAGUUCCAUGCGGCUCAGUACAGGUAUAAGGGCAGAAUGUAGGCUGGGGUAGUUCCGUGCGGCUCAGUACAGGUAUAAGGGCAGAAUGCAUGCUGGGGUAGUUCUGUGCGUCUCAGUACAGGUAUAAGGGCAGAAUGUAGGCUGGGGUAGUUCCGUGCGGCUCGGUACAGGUAUAAUGUAGGGUGGGGUAGUUCCGUGCGGCUCGGUACAGGUAUAAUGUAGGGUGGGGUAGUUCCGUGCGGCUCGGUACAGGUAUAAGGGCAGAAUGCAGGCUGGGGUAUACUUGAAUAACCGCAGUGAAGUGAUAAAUAUUUACCUGAUGGGCGCUGAUUGCAAACUGUGACAUUUAUCUGUACAGUAAAUAUGGUAACAUCUUUUAAAAGAUUUUUGAAGUUUCCAUCUGUCAAUGAUCUUUCCACUGUAUUGACUAUUUGACAGGAGAAAUGGGGUAAAGUUCUUAACUAUGUCAAAACUGCACAUUGUAAGAGUUAGAGAGUUGUUCACCAAAGUGGGGAUUUUCUCAGGAAAUUAAAGUAAAUUCAAAAUAUAUAUUUCUUUAAUUCUUUAUUUAUAGGUUGACAAUCAGAUAGACACAUAGAUGAGAAAAGUGCAGGAUGUCAUACGUGCAUACAACAAGAGGUAGUGGCGUAUCACAUUUACAGUUCAGAAUCAUAAAUAAGAGAUUAUUAGAUUAACAAAAUGAAUUUAAAAUUUGAGACCAAAAUAUACAAACUAGAAACCUAGCUGAGUUGGAGCAUUCUUCCAAUUUGGCUUACUUUGGAUGAAAAUCUGAAAUUCACUUUGAAUUCCUGACAAUUCGUGCUUGGGAUAUUAUCCCACACACAGCCUGUGAAUCCAUGAUUUCUCACAAUUUAUCCCCCUCCCUAGUGUUUACCCAUACGUUUGCUCACACAAGUCCUGUAUUGUUUCUCCCGUCUUAUUUUUUUUUAGACUCUGUCUCUCUUACAGGCGUUUGCACAACUUAACCCAUUUUCUGCCACUAGCAUUUCAAAGUUAUCUUUGUGGAUAUCAUGCAUUCGUUGUUCCAAAAUGACCUGACAGAAGGAAGGGGUGGUUCUAGCAGAAUGGUGUCAGAAGUGGCAUUCACUUGUUGAACACAAUCUGUCUGUAGCAUAUUGAAAGGAACUCAGAGUUUGGCUGAGUAAUGGAUAUAAAAUUAUAUAUAUAUAUACUAGUUAGGGACUAUGCUGAGAAAACUAUGCUGAGAAAACUUGGACUUAUGACACUGUAUGGCGUCUAGCAGUCACUACGGUGCUCAUUUCUCAUAAUUUUAUUUCACCAAAUUAUUUGUGUUUUUAUUUUACUUUUCAUCUACAAAUGAUGUAGCCUAUUUCACUUAUGGCUACUCUUACCACCCCAGGUGUUUUAGAAUUACAAUUUCACACAAUUUCACACAAGGCUUACUAAGCAUCACAGGGAAUGUAGUUUAGAACUAUUUUGAAAGAUAGAUCCAAACUUUAUAGUCAUGAGCAUAUUCAUAGACUUGAAAAUGAUGCAUCAUAAGCCAACUUUUGAGGUAAUUUCAUUAAACAAAAAAAAAAUAUUUGUUACAGAAAUCUUCUCAUUCUUUCAUUAAAUUUGGUAAAAUGGCAUCUGCAGUUAAAAGAAGUGAUAGAAUGUGAAUAAAUAUAUAUAAUCUCAUUAAAAACAACACAAUGGUUUAAUUACUCAUUUAUAAUUAUAUAUGUAUAAAAUGUUAAUAUUCAUAUUACUACUUCAGGCAAACAUUACUGUAAUGAGAGUUAUUGUGACGAUGAAUCUGGGACAGAAUGCUCACAAAUUAUACAGCUCUUUGUUUGGAAAUCGUAGGUCGACUCUGAUGAUGUCAUUACCCUGGAUGAGCAAAUAUAUAUGGUGACACAAGCACAGCGUAACUGCCAGAUGGGCAUCAACGCUCAGAUAUUUGGAAAACAACGUGACCUAAUGAAUGGUUAGUACUGUCCCAUUACUGUUCCAUAGGAAGGACUUAACUCAACAUCAUGUCUUCUUUGAUCUACAACUGAAGCCUUCAUUAUUGCUGAUCAUGAUAAUGAUAUUUCUAAGAGAUUGAAUCUUGGAUGAAUCUUGAUGUUUUUGGUUACAUUCAGAGGAUGAACAGAAAAAUGAUACAUGUUCCUAGUAACAUGAUAUUCCAAGCAAGGAUGCCAACCCUUAACAAGUCCACCUUCGAGGAGAGAAGGGAGAAGAUAUGGUUGGAUCUUUAGAUAUGGAUAUGGUUGGAUAUGGUUGGGGUAGUAAUCAGAAGUUAAAAGGAUAGUCAAAUAUGUAUAUUUAAACCUUCUCUCCACAAUAAACAAUAAUCUGGGUUGUAUAUAUGGAAACUUUAGAAGACAUAGAUAUUGCAGCUCUACUUAAAAAGUUACACUAAGCAACAAAACAACUUUAGCUUAAUGAAGUGGUUUUGGUGUAAAGAUCAUGUCCCUGCUGAGUUAUCUACCAUUUAGGAGUUACAUGGAUUUGUUUAUGCAGUCCUAUCCACACCUUGCCUGGCUGUGACUCCUACAGCUUCCAUGAAAAUUGUCUAGUUUUCAAUCUGCACAGUGUGUUUACUUAAGAAGUUAUUGUCUCCUGCUCUUUUAAUUGAACGUUAUUCAUACACAGGAGCCUGCUGCAGGCUAUUAACAGAGAAGGAGAUAAAUUAAACACGCUGUGCAAUAAAAAAAGCUUAAAAGGGACACUAUAGGCAUGAAGACCACGUUUUCUUAUUGAAGUGGUCUGGGUGCAAUGUCUGGCACUGUCCCUGUCCUCUUAACCCUACAAACUAAAACAUUGCGGUUUUAGAGAAACUGCAAUUUUUACAUUGCGGUUAAGAUUAAAUCACUGUCUUCCAGACAGCCACUAGAGGUGCUUCCUGCUGUUUCAUGGAGUUAACACCAUAAAACGAUGCUGGACGUCCCCGUGCUUUGCAUGAUAAUGUCCAGCCAAGGCCGGACUGGGGAUACAAAGCAGCCAUGGUACAAAAAUCAUUGCCAGCCGUGCAGCACGGCAUGGAAAAAAAAAGGUGAGUAAAAACACUAUUUCUAAACACACACAGACACACACAUACACCAUGACAAACACACACAUGUACCAUAACAGAUGACAGACACACACACACACAUCUCAUGACAGACACACACCAUGACACACACACACCUUGACAGACACACACAUACCAUGACAGAAAUACACACCUUGACAGACACACACAUACCAUGAUAGAUAGACAGACACACACAUACAAUGACAGACACACACACACCUUGACAGACACACACAUACCAUGACAGACACACACACCUCAUGAUAGACAGACCAUGAGACAGACACGCACACACAUGACACAGACAGACAGACAUACACACACCCACCAUGACACAGACAGACACACACAUCAUGACACACACACCAUGACAGACACACCAUGACACAGACAGACACACUCACACCAUGACAGACACACACCAUGACACACACACAAGCAUACACAUUGACACAUAAUUUGGCUACCUGUGAGCGACCGGUCGUGCAGGGCAGACAGCUGGGUCAGGUGUGCUGGAGGCCGCAGGGGGGAGCUGGCUCUUCUGGCGGUUGCAGGGGGAGCUGGCUGUGCUGUCUCUGCUCCCCCCUGCGGCCGCCAGUAGAGCCAGCUCCCUCCUGCGGCCGCCAGUAGAGCCAGCUCCCCCCCUGCGGCCCCAGAAGAGCCAGCUCCCACCUUCGGCCGCCAGUAGAGCCAGCUCCCCCCUGCGGCCGCCAGUAGAGCCAGCUCCCCCCUGCAGCCGCCAGUAGAGCCAGCUCACCCCUGCGGCCGCCAGUAGAGCCAGCUCACCCCUGCGGCCGCCAGAAGAGCCAGCUGUCUGGUGCCGCAGGUGCCGACCGCCCACCGGGAAAUUUCCCGGUAUCCCGGUGGGCCAGUCCGGCCCUGUGUCCAGCAUCCUCUAAAUCCUCAUUGUAAAGUAUUGAGUCAAUGCUUUUCUAUAGAGUGGGUCUUAUGUGUGCUUUACUUGCCAUUCAUUCGCCUCAGGUUCCUCCUUGCAAUAACGUUGGAGGAGACAGAGCCAGCACAGAGGGACCUCGGCACUGGAAUAAGGCAUGCUAAAAAAGUUUUUUAACCCUUUCAUUGCUGCGGUGGGGUUAUGUGGGGCAGAGGGACACUAUAAUAUUAGGAAUGCAGCUCUUUAUAUUUUUAUUUAUUUUUAUAGGUAGGGGCAUGAUCUAUACACAAAAAGAAUUCAUUUAGCUAAAGCUGCUUUCUUGUUUAGCUUUGUUUUGUGGUAAUUAGAGUGUCUCUUUAAGCCAUCUUACUGUAGCGGGUAAAAGUGUUCAAAUUUCUCACUCCUUAAUCUUUCACAUUAUAUCACAUGUGACCAACUGAUUGAAAUUGAAAACUGUCAACGGAAAGUCUUCUUUGCUAAAGAUAAACAGUUGCUCUUCAUCUCAAAGAAACCCUUUCAGUUUUGUCUCCAUAUAUAGAGUCAAUGAUAAACUUUAGUCUUCCGCUGAAAAAAAUUCAGAAUUGCUGUAGGAUGCUAGAUUAAAAAUCGUAGGCCGUACUUACCUGAAAACCAAACAAAUCACAAGAUGAUCUACUUGAUAAUAGACUUUCGAAAUAAAUAAACCUUCUUCUCCAUUAUGUGAAGUAUCUACCAGUCUGUAACAUUGUGUCUUUUAGGAUUGGGAUGUCCUCCGGAGUGGGACGGCCUAAUAUGCUGGCCUCGAGGGGCCCCAAAUCAACUGGUUUCUGUCCCUUGUCCAAAGCAUAUCUAUGAUUUCAAUCACCAAGGUAACUCCCUGAAUAUGAUCACAGGUUAUUUUCCUCUGUUUUAGGUCUGGUAACUUCUCAGUGUUGGUCCAUCUCUUUACUGCUUUUAGUAUCUGCUGGAGUCCCACCUAGUUCCAACAGAUCCUCCUUUGAUUGUGUAAGGAAACCAUGACCAUUGUUAAGGGUAACUGGUGCCCUACUCACUGUUGAUCCAAUACUGUCAUUUUUUUUACCUAGAAGUUCUGUGGACUGCAUUGGUGAAUGAGUGGAAUUUUGAACCACAGCUGUCGAGUCAGCUUGUGUAUUCACGAUUUUACAUAGUUACAUCUACAGCUGCAGCCCCGCUCCAAACAUGCACCUUGAGGGGGACACGCCCCCAACCAUGGCAUACUAAAUCAACACGCUACCUGCAAAGUUACUCCUGUUGUGCUGAACGCUCCUGGAGAAAGUCUCGCACCCAGUCAGACUUUCUCCAUUAUAGAUUCAUUUUGUGUUCAUACAGCGCAGCCCUUGCUCUUGCCCUCGCCAAACAGUCAUACUUUUCCUCCAUUAUUAGUUCAUGCUCCCACAAUCCCUGGCGUCUCUUUGACACCUUUAACUCUCUUCUUCGCCCUGCUAUAGCCACCCCUCAAACUAACCUUACAGCCGAUAGCUUUGCAUACUACUUUACUGACAAGAUUGAACAGCUAAGGAAAGAUUUCUCCCCUCCUUGCCGUUCUCUUUCUCAACCACACGUAGAUCAUGCCUUUCCUACCCUUCAGACUUUCUUCCCAGCUACUGAACAAGAGGUGGCUGCGCUUCUCCUUUCCUCUCACCCCACCACUUGCCCACUUGAUCCUGUCCUAUCUCACCUUAUCAGAUCUCUCUCCCCUUGUCUUGUGUCUUCCUUAACACACAUCUUCAACUACUCUCUCUCUUCUGGCAUUGUCCCUACUGACUUUAAAUAUGCCACUGUAGCACCUAUCCUGAUAAAAACAUCUCAUGACCGGUCCACCCCCUCUAACUAUCGUCCCAUAUCCCUGCUCUCUUUUUCCUCAAAACUUCUGGAAAGACUUGUCUUUGCCCGUGUGUCUCACUUCCUCUAUUCCAACUCUCUCCACUCUACUGAGACUGCUCUUAUCAAAGCUACUAACUACCUAUUUGCAGCUAAAUCUAAAGGCCACUACUCUAUACUAAAUCUUCUUGACCUCUCUGUUGCCUUUGACACCGUUGAUCAUGCUCUCCUUCUUCAAACUCUUCAAUCACUCGGUCUCUGUGACUCUGUCCUCUCGUGGUUUUCCUCUUAUCCCUCCCAACGCUCAUUCAGCAUCUCCUUUUCUAAUGACACCUCCUCCCCUCGUCCUGUCUCGGUUGGAGUCCCCCAAGUCUCUGUCCUUGGUCCCCUUCUAUUUUCUCUUUAUACUGCCUCUCUUGGCAAACUUAUUACCUCUUUUGGAUUCCACUACCACCUGUAUGCUGAUAACACCCAGAUAUAUCUCUCCUCUCUGGACCUCUCCUCUGCUGUCCUGCAAGGUGUCCUGCUUGCCUAUCUUCCAUCUCUGACUGGAUGUCCUCACGCUUUCUAAAACUCAGUCUCUCUAAAACUGAGCUCCUUGUCUUUCCUCCUCCUAAUACUGAUCCUCUUCUUUCGCUCUCCCUUCAAGUUAGUGGUAUCCACUUAAGUCCAUCCUUGCAAGCGUACUGCCUUGGCGUUAUACUUGACUUUGGCUUCACCUUGGAGCCUCACAUCCAGUAUGUUGCCAAAUCCUGUAGAUUCCAUCUUAAACACAUAGCCCGCAUCCGGCCCUUUCUUACACAAGAUGCUACCAAGGAGCUUGUCCAUUCUCUAGUAAUUUCCUGCAUGAAUUAUUGUAACCCUCUUCUAAUUGGUCUCCCCAAAAGCCGUAUUGCCCCUCUACAGUCUGUAAUGAAUGCUGCCGCCAGACUGAUUUUCCUCUCUAGUCUGUCCUCUCACACCUCACCCCUAUGUCAGUCCUUAUAUUUGCCUCCUGUAUCCUAUAGGAGUCAAUUCAAAGUGCUAACCUAUACCUAUAAAGCACUUACCUGCUCCUGUCCGCUGCUCGCACCCGUAGGGCCAACUCGCGCUUGCAGGAUUUCUCGCGGGUGGCUCCCUUCCUAUGGAAUAGCCUGUCUACCGCCAUCAGACUCUCCCCUAGUCUUCAAUCAUUUAAGAAGUGCCUUAAAACCCAUCUCUUUAGGAAAGCUUAUGGCCUACCAGACUAACCUCUACCUCACAUACCUGUCUCUUGCUCUCUCCUAAAGGGCAGCACUCUACUCUCUCCUCCAGCUCUGCUUCACUCCCACCUUAUUUGAUUGCUUUUUCCGUCCUAUUGUGUUUUACACCCCACCUCCUAUAAACUGUAAGCCCGUUUGAGCAGGGCCCUCUUCAACCUAUCGCUCCUGUAAGUUUUCUUGUAAUUGUCCUAUUUAUAGUUAAAUCCCCCUUCUUGUAAUAUUGUAAAACGCUACAGAAUCUGUUGACGCUAUAUAAACGUCGAGAAUAAUAAUAAUAAUAAUACAAUACUGAAGAGAGAUUUGCGUCCAUCAAGUUCAGUUUUUCUCCUAUUCGAUUUUUGCUGUUGAUCGAAAAGAAGGCAAAAAACCCAGUCUGAAGUGCUUCCAAUUGUGCAACAAACUAGGAAAAAUUCCUUCUUGAUCCUUGGAUCAAGAAGCUAUUAUGGCACUAAUUAAAAUUAUAUCCCUGUAUAUUUUGUUUUUGUAUUUACCCAAUGGCUGUUUAAUUUUGUAACUAUAAACAUUUAAUUUAGAGGUUUCUAUCAUAUCUCUAGAUAUGGUCAUUAGUGACAUGCAGAUCUUGCUUGGACUACAAGUAGCAUAUGCCUUCAUAUUAUGUAAAAUGUAUAUAUUUUCUAAAUUGUCUGAAUCGAGGUUAUAUGGAGCAUGUUAGAUGUUGGAUUGCAAUCUUUAAAAUCGUAAGCUUGCUGAUGAAGCGGAUCCAGAGGCUGAUCUUGGGAGGCGCACUUGUAGAUUAUUUAAAGAAAUAAUCCACGCACUAUAACCACUACAGCUCUGUGUAGUGAUUAUGGUGCCAGGAGUGCCGAGACCCCCUCCCAGAGUAAGUAGUCAAAAAGAACAGUUUGACAACUUACCUGGGAUCUGCUGGGAUCUGGAGCUGUAGUAGGGCAUUGGAGCAGUGGUGCAAUGUGUGAGGCGUCAGUAUGUGUGAAGGGUGCAGUGUGAGUGUGUGUGUAUGUGUGAAGAGUGCAGUGUGACUGCGGGGCAGUUGUGAGUGGUGCAGUUUGUGUGUGUGUGAGUGGUGCAGUGUGUGUGUGAAGGUUGCAGUGAGGGUUUGUGAGGGGACAGUGCAUGUCAGGGGUGCAGUGUGUGUGUGGGGGGGCAGUGUAUGUGUGUGUGUGAGCGGUAUAGUGUGUGUGUGAGGCUUGCAGUGUAUGUGUGUGUGAGGGGGCAAUGUGUGUAGGGAGGCAGUGGGGGGUGUAGUAUUUGACAACUUACCUGGGCUCUAAGGCUGUAGCAGUGCAUAGGAGCAGUGGUGUGGGUGAGUGGUGCAAUGUGGGUGAAGGGUGCAGUGUGAGUGUUGUAGUGUGUGUGAGGGGUGCAGUGUGUGUGUGUACGUGUGAAGAGUGCAGUGUGACGGUGGGGCAGUUGUGUGUGGGGUGUAGUGUGUGAGGGUUGCAGAGUGUGUGUGAGGAGGACUGUGUGUGAGCGGUACAAUGUAUGUGUGAAGGUUGCAGUGUGUGUUUGUCAGGGGGCAGUGUAUGUCAGGAGUGCAUAGUGUGUGUGUGUGUGGGGCAGUGUGGGUGUGAGAGUUGCAGUGUGUGUGAGCGGUGCAGUGUAUGUGAAAGGGGGCAAUGUGUGUAGGGAGGCAUUGAGGGUGUAAUGUGUGUGAGGGGUGGUGCAGUGUGCUUAUGGUGGUGCAGUUUGUGUGUAUGAGGGGCAUUGUGUGUGAGUGAGGGGUACAGUGUGUGUGGGUAAGGGGUGCUGUGUGUGAGAUGAGUGCAAUUUGGGUGUAUGUGGGGCAUUGUUUGUGUGAGGGGUGCAGUAUGCAUGUAUGGGGGUGCAGUAUGCAUGUAUGGGGGGGCAGUGCUUGUGUGAGGGGUGCAGUAUGUGUGUAUGGGGGGCAGUUUGUUUGUGUGUUGGGCAGCUUAUGUGUGUAUAAGGGGCAAUGUUUGUGUGUGUGAGGCAGUGUGUGUACAUGAGAGGCCAAUUGGCCCCCCUGGAUCCGCCAUUGCUUGCUGAGUACUGCAGCAGUUAGCAGUUUUGGUUCAAAAACAUUUAAAGGGUCAUAGAUUGGCACUCCCAGUUUAAAACUUUUUGCUUUAAUUAUUGUGCAUUGACUGGGAGUGCUAGAGCAAAUAUGGCCAUUUUAUCCAUAUUUAGGACAUUCCUUAAAUAUCUAGAAUGUGAGUGUAAGCCAUUUGUCGGCUGUGAGUGUAUGCCAUGAUCUUAUUAUCAUUUCAGGCCUUGCCCAUCGGAGAUGUGGGGAAUCAGGAACCUGGAUUCAGGUGCCAGAACUUAACCGAGCGUGGGCCAACUAUAGUGAGUGCUUGAUGUUCAACAGCCCAGGGAAAAAGCUCCAAGACCAGGUAUUACACAUUAUUGGGUUUCUUAAAAUUCAGUUAAAUGGAUAAAUCACCUUUGGUUCUUCCUGGUUCUUCGUGUGGUCAAUGAGUUAGUUCCAUCCUACUUUGUAUAUCACAAAGAAUAUUCUACAGAGUGCAAGACACUUGUCUGUCAUCAAUCUAUAGCUCCCACACGUGGCCAGCUAAAAACAACUAACUUAAGUGAUAAAACUGGUUUUUGUAGAACAAAUUAGUCUAAACCAAAGAUUUCUGGUGGUGCCAUCUACAGGUUGUUCUAUCAAGCACCAACUUGUCUUCGCUGCACACUCUCCAGUGGUUCUACAUUGUACACAUAUACACAUUGUUAAUUCAUGAAAGAAAAGAAGGGGAGCGGUCAGGAUAGGGGUUUAGUGUAACACCCUUGUCCCGUCCAUAACCUCAUUCAAAAAGUCACUAGACUAAAGUAGGGGAUGACCCUAGGGAAUACAGUAAAUAUUAGAGAACCAAAGGUUCACAUGAAUAGAAAGUGACCACAAGAUUACAUUUCCAAUCCACUGCAAUAGAUCUUAAAGGAGAAAAUAAUAAUACAAUAACAAAAUAACUUUAUAAUAACUCUAAAAAGUACUGGAAAAAUUAAACAUGUAGCCUGAUAGAGGGGGAACAGCCCUGACAGAGAUCCUCAAUAAUAGAUAGUCAAUAAUGAAGCAUACCACACUAGUUCCAAACGGGACAUCCACAGUCCACAGAAUCUACACAUCCCAGAAUCUCACAAAUCCACAAACAGACAUCCACAAAUACACAGACAUCUACACAUCCACAAACAGACAUCCACACAUCCACAAACAGACAUCCACAAACAGACAUCCACACACAGACAUCCACACAUCCACACACAGACAUACAGACAUCCACACACAGACAUCCACACAUCCACAGACAUCCACACAUCCACACACAGACAUUCACACAUCCACAAACAGACAUCCACAAACAGACAUCCACAAACAGACAUCCACACAUCCACAAACAGACAUCCACACAUCCACAAACAGACAUCCACACAUCCACAAACAGAUAUCCACAAAUCCACAAACAGACAUCCACAAAUCUACAGACAUCCACAAAUCUACAGACAUCCACAAAUCUACAGACAUCCACAAAUCCACAAACAGACAUCCACAAAUCUACAGACAUCCACAAAUCCACAAACAGACAUCCACACAUCCACAAACAGACAUCCACACAUCCACAAACAGACAUCCACACAUCCACAAACAGACAUACAGACAUCCACAAACAGACAUCCACAAAUACACACACAGACAUCCACACACAGACAUCCACACACAGACAUCCACACACAGACAUCCACACAUCCACAAACAGACAUCCACACACAGACAUCCACACACAGACAUCCACACAUCCACACACAGACAUCCACACAUCCACAAACAGACAUCCACAUCCACACAUCCACAAACAGACAUACAUAUAUACAAAUUAAUAAUAUUAUUAACUAAUUAACAUAUCCCACCCACCCAGCAUCCCUACCUUUCCCUGGGGUCAAGUGGGGCUGCAGUGAGGACGGCUCUCUCCCUGUCACACACGGAGAGGGAGCUGUGUGCUCUCUGCUCCCUCUCGCCGCGCGGGAUGUCUGCUGAUGCCGGGAGCCGGAAUAUGACGUCAUCAACCCGGCUCCCAGCAACAGCAGACAUCCCGCGCGGCGAGAGGGAGCAGAGAGCACACAGCUCCCUCUCCGCGUGUGACAGGGAGAGAGCCGUUCGCCAGGUGGCCCCCCCCGCCCAUGACGGGGCCGUUCCCACGCGUUCCUGCAGGACUCGAGCCCUGAAACUACCGAACCAAUAGAUUCAGAUGCACAAAAUACUGCAGAAAAGCCAGAACAUAGGAGAAAAUACCGAACUAAGUCUAUUUUCUUCACAUUCUCUAACUCUGUCAUAGUCAUAUCUGGGUUAUUUUCCCUUCAAAUAGCCAUUCGCAAUGACUUUGCAAAAAAUAUGAGUUUAGUGUGUCGCCCUGUAAACUGUGAUGUUUUGCAGAUUAAUUUGAAUGACAAAAAAAUGUUCUGGAAAUAUUAGAAACACUCCAUCCUCGGCAGCGCCAUGUUGUACUUCAGCAGCUGGUGACUUAAUUUGCUGUGGAAAAAAAGGGGUAUUAUUUGCUAAAGAUCCAAAAAAUAGCAAUAAAGCAAAAAAAAGUAUUAAAACUUUACUGAAAUGUCCAGCUUCCACAUCAGUUAUGUGUAGCAAACUCACCCGGUCUUACUAUACUAGCAUGUAGCCAAAUGUUGCAAAAUACUGCCAACAUUGUCUCACUACAAGAAACCAUACAGUUAUUAUUUGCAACAAAGUUGAUUUCAAUAAAUGAGGCAAACAGUGAUUCUUCAACAACCAGUAAAAUCCACUACAUAUCUAGGAUGUAUUAUGAUCCGUGCCAAAGCUGCAUCUUAGGGCGUUUAGUAGAUAACUCCCUGAAUUGGUACCCUUGUGCGAUAGUCAUAUUUCAGCGUACUAAAUUAAGGAGCUUUUUACUUGAUAGCUCCUUUUUGGUAUGAUUAUGGCAAUCCCACAUGAAUUAGUGAGCUAUAAACUGAAAGACCAAAAUUACAAAAAGCCCUUCCUUUUUGCAACUAAUACUAAGUAUAUAACUAAAUACUUAUUAAAGGACCACUCUAGGCACCCAGACCACUACAGCUUAAUGAAGUGGUCUGAGUGCCAGAUCCAGCUAGGGUUAACCCAUUUUUUUUAUAAACAUAGCAGUUUCAGAGAGACUGCUAUGUUUAUAAAUGGGUUAAUCCAGCCUCUAGUGGCUGUCUCUUGACAGCGGCUAGAGGCGCUUGCGUGCUUCUCACUGUGAAAAUCAUGUGAAUCAUUGUGAAUGCUUUCCUAUGGACUGGCUGAAUGCGCGCACGGCUCCUGACACACACACACUCACUUCCAGACACACACACUUCCUGACACACACUCCACUUCCAGACACACACACACACACACUUCCACCCUUCCAGACACACACACACCCACUUCCACUAUUCCAGACACACACACACACAAACUCCUUGUUGCUCCUGUUUUUGGAGUCCUCUGGGGUCCUCCCCGGGGUCCAGUGACUUCCUUCUCCCUCUGCUCCCUCACACAGUUUAGUGAUGCGGGGCCGGAAUGACGUCAUAUUCCAGCUCCCGGCAUCACCAGAGAGGGCACGCCGCCGCCGCCUGCCUCCUUCCUUUCUCACGCAGCCGGUAUAUUGCUGCAGAGUAGGCCCUGUCAUCUGGGACAAGCAGAUACCUACUCUGCCUUGCUGCUGGGCUCCCUGUGACAGGCCAUCGGCCUGCUGACGCGGCACCCCCCUCCUCCUGGCGCCCAGGACCGGCCCUGCAGUGGCCGUUUUUCAAAUUACUUAGGGCGGCCUGGGGGGCAGUUGCCUCCCUGCCCCCCGGCCCAGUCCACCCCUGUGGAAGAUCACACUAGGCUCUGUCGUUACCAGUGCUGUAUAUACUUCCAUGAGGGCUUAAACACAUAAAGGGGGAGAUUGCUACCUUUCAGUUAGUUCUCGUACUGCCCAUCCAUACCCGUUUGGAACUAGUGUGGUAUGCUUUUUACUGACUAUCUAUUAUUGAGCAUCUCACUCAGGGCUGUUCCCCCUCAUAUCAGGCUACACUGUUUAAUUUAGUCCCAGUACUUUUUAGAGUUGCUAAUAAAGUUAUUUUGUUAUUUAUUAUUGUGGGAGUGGAUUGGAAAUUUAACCUUGUGGUCACUUUUAUUCAGUGACACCUUUGGUUCUCUACUAUUUACAUUGUUAAUUCAUAUCACUCAUUGUUUGCUAUUAGGUUACCAGUCCACAUUUUGUGCUCACGACUUUAUAGCAAAGGUUAUUUGAAAGAUGAUAAUUUUAUUUUUUAAAUCUAUUGCUCUUAAUAAAUCACCAUUAUUAAUUUGUUGUCCCCAUGGCUAUACUAACUUAGAUUUUGUUUCUGCAGAAUGUCUUUGAGCGUCUCCGCGUGAUCUACACUGUGGGAUACUCCGCCUCCCUGGCUGCUUAAUGUUGGCGCUGUUCAUUCUCUGCUACUUCAA